AUAUAUAUAUAUAUAUAUAUUUCUCUUGAAUUGAAGUGGUGUUAUUUGUUGUUGGAAAUAAACAAGAAAUUAGGAGGGGAAAAGAUGUUGGUCGCAAAUAGCUUCGAUUUAUGGCAGAAAGAUACCUUCUUUUCUGCAGCUGAGGAGGUUCAACAAUCUGCCGACAUAAUGGAAUCGGCUUAUAGGACGUGGACCAGAGCAAGAAGAGAAGGACUAAUGCCACACCAUUUAGAUGAAGAACGAGAGCUUCAAAUGGCUUUAGGCACCGCAAAAUGGCAGUUGGAAGAGUUUGAAAGGGCAGUUCGUAUGAGCUACAGAAGUCACGGAGAUGAUGUCACGAUUAGCCGCCACAGGCAAUUUAUCUCCACCAUGGAAGACCAAAUUUCCCGCGUCGAAAAAGAAUUGAAGGAAUCUUUCAAUGUUGAAGGAAAGAAACCCUUUCGGUGGGUGAAUUUGGAUAAAGAUGAAUGUGACGAUUUCGCCCUUUUCCUUUCCGGGAAAUCACAAACUAGCACCGAUCAGAGUGUGACCGACUCACUCGACAACAAAAGUAAUAAUUGUUCCGAAUUUAGCUCAAAAAAUAAAACCUCUAAUGGGGAAAAGAGUAUCGAAGAAUAUUCCAUUAGUAACGAAGGUGUCAAAGAAGAGAGCAGAAUUCAAGAAACAGGCAAUCGAAGAAUGUGGACCCCACCGAACAAGAGUGCUUUGGAGAUUGUUAUUGUUAGUGGCGACGAGAAGAAGAAGAAUGCAUUGACUGAAGCUUUGCCGAACGAGAAGGGUUCAAAAGGGGCAAAAGUAGGAGCAAUAAACCAUACCCAAUUGAAAAUGAUCAAUUGGAUAAAUCAGCGCUUGAGAGGAGGUCAAAGAGGCCAGAGGCAACAACUCGUACGGCCCGUCAAUUCAAUGCGUUUCAUACUUGCUUUGAUGCUCACCAUUUUUUUAGUCGUGCCGUUUCUGGUCUAUUCGACUUGAGCUGCAUUUAGUUCGAUUGAUCAUUAGCAAAAAACAGAGGUUUUUUAGUUUGAGUUGAUGGAGAGAUCUUCCAAGUGGGAGGGCUUCUUCGAUUCUUCAAGCAAGUGUGGAUAUUACAAUUUGAUUUUCCGUAAUAAGUUGCAAAUUGAUUCCUUACAUUAUAAGCAACCUGUCCGUAUAAUAUAUGUAUACAUACUACUAUAUAAUAUAUAUAGAUAGCACAGAACAUUAGAACAAAGAAUUUGAUGUAUUUCCUUGGAAACAGCAAUUCCUUGAUUAAUGAAAGCUGAUAGAGUUAUCUACAA